AUGUCAAAAAAAUCUACAUAUGUAUCGAUUGGGAGGGAGAUAGAAUAGGGAAGGAUGACAAGGUCUUCUGGUUUUAGCGAUGCACUGAAUGAGAAGGAACUUCGAAACAGAGCAACCAGUCUGUUACAAAAACCUUAAUUGAAGAAAUUUUACAAGAGCAGGAAGGAUGGGGCUAUAAUAAAACCAAAUAAGGUAGGGGAGCAGUAAAGGAACAAUUACUUGGAUAAAUUAAACUUGAGCAAUUUAGAGAGUGCAGCUCCUCCGAAAUCUGCAGCAUCAUAUUAAUCUUCAACGACUACGCAACCUCUUUGUUUUGAAAUUGAUUUUGAUUGGCUGGACUAUUGUGAUGAUUAGAAGUUCAAGCAAUUAUUUAAGGAAGACUUAAAGGACAUUGCAGACAUCGAACUAUAUGUAGAAGAGAAUUAAUCAUAUCUCUGCCAUAUCUUUGCUUAAUGUGCUUGUGCCAAAUGCACUUGCAAUAAAUGCAUCUGCCAAUACAAAAAGAAAUCAGAACUAAAUUAUGCAUAUGGAAUGCUCACAUCCAACAGGUUCGAUUAUGUACCAAAAUAAAACAAAUGCUUUACUCCAAUCAUAACUCAAUCUCAUUAUGACAAUAUUGGAUUGCCAGUUGCAUCCAUGUAAUUCAACUCCACUUAGCGAGACAAUUACAAAUGGAUACCAUAGGAUAGAUCAAGGACUGCUGCCAAGUCAAUGUACGAAUCUCACAAUCUACCCACUGGACAAACUACUAACAAUGUACGAAUUUUCAUUCAAUAGUCUUGCUCACAUUCAUCAAUUGGAAGGACUAUACUCCCAAUAUAUUUAAGGCCCCACAGUUUCGCACUACUAACUAAUUAUAGGAAUCAAUUCAUUUGGAAGGUCAAAGACGAGAACUAACCUACAGCUGAAGAUGUUAAGUAAAAAUAAUUACAGUACAAAAACAUCCUAUAUAUAUAUAGUUAAACCAUUGCAAAAAUAUAUCCAAAUCAACUGCGCUCUUUAUAUCAAGAAUCUUUUGUCUAAAAAAAUCAAAAGCCUCUUAGAGUGUUCGUGAAACCAGAAGAGAUAAUUCCAUGUUGUGCAUAUCAAGGUUAGUACAUAACUACCAAGCAAAUGGAUUAUGAGGGCAAAUAAAUCACUGCUAAAGAGAUCUAACAGAAACCAUGGAAAGGAAGAUUGAUAAAAAAAUUAUAAAAUAUCUAAUGA